ACCAUUUUCCUUAAAAGACGGAAUAUGAUAAUUUUCUCUUAACUAUAUUGUCAUAUUUGGGAAAAACUCUCAGAAAGCCUACAUAAUCAGUGUCGUGGACCUACAUGUUGCUACCUGCUGGGACGUGUAACCUUGAAUUCUGCCUGCCCGGAACGACUGAAGCGGACCGACGCUUUCUCUGUCUAACCUCCACAGAAACUGCUGUAACUGACCGUCGUCGGAGGUCGGAGGUCGGGUAGUUUUAACGUUAACUUAUGUCUCAGGAUUUUUUUUAAAGAUAAGGUUUUUUUUCCCCCCUUUUUACGCCGAUUUUUACAAUGGGAGUAGUACUACGGAACCUCCAAAAGGUGGUGCCUCUCCGCCGAGCCAGGCUGCGCAAGGACGUGGACACACUGAGACACAUACUGGGCAUCCACAAGUUUGACCUGGGCAUCGUUUGCGUGGAUAACCGAAAGAUUCAGCAAAUAAAUAACAUAUACAGGAAGAAAAAUAUGCCCACCGAUGUCCUCUCAUUUCCAUUCUACGAGGACAUGAGGCCUGGCAAGCUGCCUUCCCCCCUUCAUAGGGAUGAGCAGAACCUCGGGGACAUUUUCUUGGGGGUCGAGUUUGUGAUGAAGCAGUGUAGGGAGGACUCCCUAGAUCUACAUGGAGCCCUCACUGUUGUCACUGCACACGGUAUCUGCCACCUGUUGGGCUACAGACAUGAGACAGAGGAAGAAUGGACUGAGAUGCUGCAGAAGGAAAACUACAUACUAAAUGAGUACAACAGACUCACAGGGAGACAUCUGGAGCCACUGAUGAAGAGGUGCAGUCAGGAUAGGUGACAGUGACGGUCACCUGUUAACUACACAGCUGCACAACGGUGCAUUAUGGUGCUUUAUGAUGUUGUUCACUGCCCUGUAAGCAGGUGGACUAACUGUUCAGACUGUGGUCACUGUCCUGCCGUUUCUCCACCAUCACAAUCUGCAGCUACUGCUGUUCAGGACUUGACUCCCCUGGCAGCAGACAAACAGCAGUACGACUGUGGAUCCUGUUCAAACACUGGAUGUGGAUGAGUGUUGUUGUACGAGUUUUAAAUCAAAUUAAACAGUCUGUGCACGUUCACUGUAAUAUUUUAUUAAAAUCUGCUUCAGGAAGUCAGUUGUGUAUGAAGGGUAGAAAAAGCUGUUCAUUUUUUACUUCACAAAUACAUUGUGCCCUCUUUACAUUGCAUUCGGGACAGGAAGUUCGGGAAAGAGCAAUGUUUCAAAAUUGAAAUCCAACGCUGACAGAAAAAUGAACUUUUUGUUUGAGAGUGGACUUUGCCUGUUGUCAUCACAGAGCAACAGAAUACUGU